AAACCACCAGACAUUAGAAAAAGGGCAAAAAGGAAAUAGCCGUCUUGGAAAGUGGAAGAUUUUCCACAGAAGAAGACGUGAAGAGAUUGGAAUGAUCCAAAAGUGGGUCUCUCUUUCUUCACCCUUACUUAAUCCAAUUACACAGAGAAUCAAAAUUCCAGGUGGGUUGGGUUGAAAACAUGGGCGUGAGCAGCAAUUUACACUCAUUUUGUUGUGGGGGAAAUUUACUGCGAGUCAAAAUAGGUGAUUUUGUUAUUCAGAAAGUUUAUCUGAACAUGGGGUUCUUCCUUUUGAUUGUUCAUUUGGUGUUCUGGGAAUUUGGGGUAGGUGGCUUUGUCUUGUAACCUAUACACUGUACAGAGGAUUUUGGUCUUCAUCAGCCUUUUUGGUUAGGGUUUGUGGGAGUGAUAGGAGUCCAUUUGGACUUCUGAGUAUUGGUUUGGUUGGUGCAAGAUUUGUUCUGUCACCCAACUAGGUGAUUUUGAUCUUUAGGAGACCCUCUUGUUGGUUGAUCGUUGUCUGUGCUUUCUAGACCAAUUGGUGUUCCGGGUAUUGCUGUGCUGGUGCUAAAGCCUUUCUUUUUUUGUGUAGGGCUGCUAAAACUGUGUGUGUAGUUGUGACGUUGACUGGCAAUUGCUCUUUUGUAACUGGGGGUUUUCAGUGCGUUUCUUUUGUUCUUGCUUCAGAGUGUUGUCGCGCAAGUGUUUUAGUUUGUUGUCUUUGACUCCAAUCGUAAAGAGCCUUCUGUGUUUCUCUUGAUUUAGGCAUCUGGGCACUGCUGGGUUUUUUGAAGUUCAUGCUUUGAGUGAGAAUUGGCCAUUUGGAUCCUCAAGAUCUUAUUUGAUUAGGUUGUUUUCUGUGUCUGUCGUAGUGCUAUAGAUUGUCAAUUAUUUGUCUUCUAAUUGAGCGACUUUUAGGGGCUUCUUUGAGGUUUCUGAUGAAGUUGAGUUGUUGACAGAUUACAGUUUUGUUCCUUUGGGAUUAGAUCGUCAUUUUCAGGGUUUUGGUUUUCUGGGGUGGGAGGUUUUAUGUUUGGGUGAUCUGCCAGUCUCCACAUAGGAGCACAAGGGCUUCUGGUUUCUUACAAUUUCUUUAGUAAUUUGAGAAUUAUACUGCCUUUUAUGACAGUUGGAAAACUCAUUUCUAAGAUAUGUGAGUGUAGGAAUCGUGGUGUCUUAUUUUAUUUUCUUUUGUUAAAGAGAGUGAUGAUUGCAAGCUGAACCUGUUAGUUUUUUUUUUUGGAUUUUCUAGCUUGUUUUAGGAUCUAGGCUUUUGGAAUAUUCUUAUUUGUUUUGAGGGCGAUUAAGGCGGGCGUGAUAAUGGCAAUGCAUGGGGAGUAGAACAGUGACAGCUGGUGCAGAAGAUGAUAACGGAGCUGAUAGCGGGAUGCCGAGCUUCAUUCCUCCCCUGUCUGUUUCAAAUCCACUUCCCACAGAGGGAAGCACCAUUCAUCCUUACCGAGUUUCUGACUUUGGAGUGCUCGAACAAUCAAUUGGGUUCCACUUAGAGGAUGCUGUUGACUUAAGUGGAAACAUCGCAUUUAAUUCAACAAAGCAAAGCGCUCGAGCAGUCCCUUCUGAACCCCUCUCGAUUGUUGCUUUUGACAAGUCACCAACUCCAAUCAAUAUUCCAUCCACCACCCGAGCAGAGUCACAGACGCUUCCAUUGCGAAAGAGUCAACAAUCAAAUCUGGUUUCUAUAUCUAGUGGUGGUAGUUUUGAAAACUGGGAAGAGCCCAAUAUGGCAGAUGUUAGUCCGAGGACGGAUAUCUCAACGGAUGGGGACACUGAUGAUAGAAAUCAGAGAUUUGAUAGAAGUCAGGCUCUUAUUGGUAAUGCAGCUUCUGAUUCCAGUGACAGAUCGAAGGAAAAACUUGACCAGAAGACUCUUCGUAGGCUUGCUCAAAAUCGUGAAGCUGCAAGAAAGAGCCGACUAAGGAAGAAAGCCUAUGUCCAGCAGCUAGAGAGUAGCCGAUUGAAGCUGACCCAACUAGAGCAGGAGCUUCAGCGAGCACGACAGCAGGGAAUCUUCAUUUCAAGCUCCGGUGACCAAGCCCAUUCAAUGAGUGGAAAUGGUGCUAUGGCAUUUGAUGUAGAAUAUGCACGGUGGCUGGAUGAGCAAAAUCGCCAAAUUAAUGAGCUCAGGUCGGCAGUCAACUCUCAUGCAAGCGAUGCCGAACUUCGUAUUAUUGUUGAUGGUAUUAUGGCACACUAUGACGAAAUAUUCCGGCUGAAGGGCAUUGCAGCCAAGGCUGAUGUUUUCCAUCUAUUGUCGGGCAUGUGGAAAACACCUGCUGAGAGGUGUUUUUUGUGGCUUGGUGGCUUCCGUUCAUCUGAGCUUUUGAAGCUCCUUGCAAAUCAGUUGGAGCCUUUAACAGAGCAGCAGAUGGUAGGCAUCAGCAACUUACAACAAUCUUCACAGCAGGCAGAAGAUGCAUUGUCCCAGGGAAUGGAGGCAUUGCAGCAGUCUCUGGCUGAGACAUUGUCUACUGGUUCUCUUGGCUCCUCAGGUUCAUCUGGGAAUGUGGCUAACUAUAUGGGUCAAAUGGCAAUGGCCAUGGGAAAGCUAGGCACCCUUGAGGGCUUUAUUCGUCAGGCUGACAAUCUGCGACAACAAACACUGCAACAAAUGCACCGUAUAUUAACAACCCGACAGUCUGCUCGAGCACUUCUUGCAAUACAUGACUAUUUCUCCCGUCUUCGAGCUCUUAGUUCCCUCUGGCUUGCUCGCCCAAGAGAAUGAAGAAUUAUGCAUCUUCACUUGGAUUGGUUUGAUAGGAUUAUGGGUUGGUUCAAAGGGAUUUCCUUGACGGCCAAAUUACUUUGGUUAUCAAGUGCAUGUGGUACUUGGCCUCUUGUCAUCACUACUUUUUCCAUUUCCUUUUCCUUACAUCUUCAUUGUAUGUUGUAUUUUCAGGUUCUUUGUAUCUUACUAAUACUAGUCUUGUAGACUCUACAUUGGUUAUAAAUCAUUAGUCAUAGAAUAUGUUUAUUUGUCUUCAGGUCUAUUGUGAGCAAUAAUUUGCAUGUAUUUGUGUUUAUUAUUAAUAAUUUAUUACCAUUGAAUGUCUA